AUAGAACUAGAUCUAAUUGCAUGCUUACUCUAACACACACACACACACACACACACACACACUGACUGACUGUGUUAGUCAGAGAUAAUCAGAUAAAUUACAUAACUGAGCUGUAAUUUGUUGCGGACCACUGUAAAUUUUCCAGGGUUCUAAUUACUUGCUAUACAGGGCCAGUUCAGUAGAUAUACAGCAAAAGAGUAAUUUCUACUAGUAUAAUAUAUUCAGCAGCCUCUUUGGUUCCUGGUUUUUAUCUCAGAAUUGUCAUCUCUUGUCUAGUGGUCCUCUUCUUUGAGUUGUUCUUCCUUCCACCCUUUCAAGCUUCAUUUCUAUCAAUGGAAGAGAAAUUAGGUUAGAGAAUCCAUAGGUGGAUGAAGAAUAACCAUAAAAGCAAAAAAAAACCAGCAUCUUCACUUUCUUCCUUUUGCCUAACGCUGCUUCUCUAAGUUCUUUCCUUUUUGCCAUUUCAUAUCCCAUCUCUAAUAUUCCAAACUCCACAAUAUCCUUCUAAAGUUUUGCAGAUUCCCGAAGCAUAAUUACAUUUAACAGUUCCCAUUCAAUUAUUACACCUCAUCACUUGAUUAAAGGAAAAAAGAAGAUGAAGGGAAUAGAUAUAUUCUGUGCGUCCCAAGCUGCCACUGCCAUUCGCUUAGGACAUAUGGAUGAUGAAAACGAUCCCUCCCUGUUAUCCUCUUCCUCCGCGACGAUUCAACUCGCCGGCGGCAGCAUCAGCGGUCGAGCAAUCGACCGUCACAAUCCCAUAAUUAAGGACCCGAGGAGACUAGGCAGAACCAUCCCUCAUCCUAUUAUUCCUUCUUCUUGCUCUUCUCAGUCCCAGCAAGAAGUUAUUAGCCCUGUACCAUUGCUCCAAUCUCACCAUAAUGACCAAAACAUCAAGAAAAACAGUCCCCUUAAGAAACCCCUUUCUGAGCCCAGAAAAGAAAAACCCGAAAACGAUACUCAAAACAAAAAGAAGAAGAAGAAGAAGAUCAUCAGCAGGAGAUCCGUGGACAUAUCUAAACCUCUGAGUCCAAUAGAUAUCGAGGAUAAGAAAAAGGGUUAUGGGGGUGACUCUGGUUAUGAUGAUAAUCUUAUCAGCAGAAACGAUUUGAUGGCUAGCAUUUCCACACCAAGGAGAAGGAGCUGUACUUUUACUAGUACUGUUAGUCCUGUUGGUUCCACUAGGUACUUGUUGAGUAAUGAUCAAAAUCAGAAUACAAUUUUCAAUGUCAUCUCCGAUUUUGAUCCUGUUCUGAAGCUGGAAGUGGAAGAAGAUCAUCCCAAGUCUAAUCCACCGGCUUCUCCGGCCCCCGCCCAGCCAAAACCAGAACCAACUACCAUUGAUGUUAAAUCAUCGUCCACAACGCAGCCCUCUUCCGACCAGGUGGUGGUUCUUAGAGUUUCACUUCAUUGCAGAGGAUGCGAGAGAAAGAUGAGGAAACAUAUAUCCAGAAUGGAAGGUGCACACAAUUUUUCUUGUUUCUUUCUUUGUCAUAUAUCAUCAAUUUUCUAUCAACAGGGCUUUGUCUCUUUCUUCUAAGUGUCUACAUAAAAUCCAGAAGAGAAAACCAAAAAGGAUAAUCUGAAGUCUGAACCCUUCAACUAAAAACACUUGCAUAAUGUUAAAUUGCUCUUAUCAGCUAACCUUCCACACGAUUAUUAAACUCCUCACCUGCUUCAUACUAAAACCCAUGUUCUGAUAGAUCAUUAAAAUUGCAUUUCUUCCUACAAAAUUGCAUAGAAAUUGUUCGAUUAUUCGCAAGUACUAAUCAUCUAGAAGUGUAUGUGUAAACAGGUGUAUCAUCAUUCAACAUAGACUUUGCAGCUAAAAAAGUGACGGUGGUCGGGAACGUAACGCCACUUGGGGUGCUUGCCAGUAUAUCAAAGGUGAAGACUGCUCAAUUAUGGACACCACCGGCCGCUGCCCAGAAUAACUCGUCGGGAAUCGCCAGAAACAGCCUCAAUCAGCCGCCGCAGCCUACUGCUAUCGUCUCUUAAUCAAACUAGUUUUUUUUUUUUUUUCUUUCAUUCUUUU